AUGGCCCAACCUUCAACACCGGGGACUGGCACCCCCACCCCAAUUCUUGCGCCCUCCGCGUCCAGCAACAACUCGGUAUUUACUCCAAGUUCCACAGCUCUCUCUAGUAACACCUUCCUGAUGCCGAAUUCUCCUGCAAAAGAACGCAAAUCUCUAGACAACUAUCGACCUAAGAUUACCAGGACGUUAGGGCAGAGACCAGCUUGCUUGGUGAACGCUUCAGUGACAUACUGCGGCAACAAUCAGAUCUACGCCUUCGGUGGUUUCGAUCAAUAUACAGAUGAAGUUUAUAAUCAUGUUUUGAGAUUGGAUAUGAUCACUCAUCAAUGGAACUUAGUUGAUAAUUACGGAGACAUUCCUGGUGUUCGGAUGGGACACACGGCAACUCUGUAUGAAAAAGACAAGCUGUUAAUUUUCGGCGGAGAAAACGAGCACCGGACAUACCUCUCGGAUUUAAUCAUCUUCGACUUGGAGACAGCGUAUUGGACACAACCAACAGUAAAUGGACCAAUACCUAAAGGAAGGGCACGACAUGCUGCGAUAGUUCAUGAAGACAAGCUCUUUAUUACAGGGGGUAUUACUGGUCACAAUAACUAUGUCUUAGAAGAUAUUUGCUACCUAGACCUGAAUACCUUCACCUGGUCCCGAGCCUGGAAGUUUGUAGGACGAUUUGACCACUCGGCUUAUAUAUGGGGCGAUCGGCUAUGGAUAUUUGGUGGAAUGGGGGAAGAGAUGGAUAAGAUCGGUGAUAUCUGGUGGUUAGAUUUAAAGGGUUGUCCGGCGUUCGAAUCAACUCCAGAUCUUGGGUUAAUGGAUCGUAAUUCUACCAGCGGCAGGCUAAGUGCUGGCUCUCCUAGAUCACAACUCUUCCAUACACCAUCCACCCCAGUCACGGGAAGUACGGGCUAUGCUGCAAACUCAAGUAGUGCACAAGUCAAUGUACCAUCAUUCCAGUUGACAAGUACACCUCCGAUCGCACCGGGAACAAUCUCUUCUUUGCGGUUUCAUUCUGGUUCCGAUAUUCCAUCGCAAGGAUCCGGGACUCAUUUUCACGCUUACACCUCUGGAACUCUUUUAGAUUUUGUCACUCCGGGAUCAACUAUUAGCUUACAAGAAUGUUCGCUAUACUCUCUUGACCUCGACAACUUGCGGUGGCACAAAUUAGCCGAAGGAAGAGAUAUAUUUCGAUUCGGAUACAGGUGGCACUACUGCACAACUAACGGCGAUGGUACAAAGGUAUGGCUACUAGGCUGUCCAACGGAACCCAACGCCACGGAUCUUGGGCCAGGUGGCUUUGAAGAAUACCUCAGCGAUAUAAUGGAGGUAGAUCUUCGUAGAUAUGGAAUAAUUGGGGACAUUAAUGCGCGCGACUCACGCCGGCUUGCGUGUCUUCCUCCUACAGACUCGAACACCGAAAUAUCCUCAAGAGGCCUCGGUGCAGACCUUGUGAAAAUGUUUGAUAUUUCUCCAGAAUCUGGGAGUGGAGCCGACUUCAUUAUAACUGCCAGUAAGGACGGCGAGUCCGGUGAUGAAAUUAUGUUCGAAAGCCAUGAUGAAUCUACCGGCAGCUGGCUAGAUCCGAAUGCAACUACAUCCCCACCAAUUCAUGUCCAUAAAGUUAUUUUACAGGCUCGCUGGCCCCAUUUUGCACGCCUUUACAAUGCUCAGAUGGCAGAAUUUCACACUAAGCGAAUGCAUAUCCCAGAGCCCUAUAACGUGGUGAAAGCUUUCCUGCACUACCUUUAUACUGAUAUGAUUCAGCCGGAAGAACACUUGGAUUUGUCUGAUGUUGCGGGAAUGCUCGUCUUGUCUAAUAUAUACAACAUUCCCAAUCUUCGCCUCCUCUGCGUAAAUAGACUUGCCAAAGAAUUAGACGUUGAUCAUGCUUGUACAAUUUGGAACUGUUCCAAAACUGCUAAUGAAGAGUGGCUUCGCAAACGAGCAGCCAGUUUCUGUUUGAUGCAUUGGGGACGAGUUGUACGCACCCACGGGUUUCUAAAGUUAUCUCGCGAAUCAUUGGUAGAGUUAAGUCAAGAAAUUGACAUGGAAGGCCGUGUAGUUGGCGGGCUUGAAUUAGAGUACGUUGGAGGUCUCGGUGGAAGUCGCUUUGGAGCGGGGGGAGUAAGGCACAAAGAGAGUACAGGAAGUAAUCAAACACAAGGCAACGGCAGUGACGAUGAAAAUGAGGGGAUGGAAAUGACCUAA